AUGCGUCCGACCAGAUCGUUCAGUACCGCAGCGAUCGCCAAUGUUUCAUCCUCCAGGGACAGCACCGAGAUCAUCACAGCGAUGCUAGAGCAGCAGCUGCGCGAGCAAGAGACCGAGGACGUCUACUUCUUCGAUCGCCUCCUCAAAUCGUGCGGGGAGCCCAAGGAUUUAGCCAAUCUCAAGCACGCCCACAAGCGGCUGGACGAUAGCGAGCACCGAUCCAAUCGCUACCUCCUCAAUCUCCUGGUAGUGAUGUACCGCAAGUGUGGGGGCGUCCAAGAAGCUCGGGAGGUCUUCGCCGCCAUCGCAAACCCUAACAUCUACUCAUGGAACAUCAUCCUCGCCGGCUAUGCCAGGGACGGGAAUCUCGACGACGCGCGGCGGAUCUUCGACUCGAUACCCAACCGGGACCUUGUGACGUGGACAACCAUGAUUCGCGCAUAUGCCCAGAACGGGGAUCUGGAGGGAUCCCAGCGCACAUUCCACAAGAUGCCCGAGCGCGAUGUGGUCUCCUGGACGGCCAUGGUGAACGCCUACUUCCAGCACGGACGGCUGGAUGACGCCAAAUCCACGUUCAAGGAGGCGCCACGCCGCGAUGCGGUGACGUGGACGGUCAUGUGCCGCGCGUUCGCGGAGCACGGCUACCUCCGUGAGACGCGCCACAUGUUCGAUAUCAUGCCGUUGAGGAGCCUGCUGACGUGGACGGCCAUGAUCGUCGCCUACGGCAAGUCCGGCCAGCUGGACGAGGCGCGGAGCAUAUUCGACCGGAUGCCACAGCAAAAUGUGGUAUCGUGGAACUCGAUGAUCGCCACGUACGCGCACGCUGGCCGUCCGCACCGGGCGGUGGAGAUCUUCCAGCUCAUGCCCCAGCCCAAUGACGUGUCGUGGAUCGGCGUGCUCAUAGCGUAUACGGAAGCCGGCAUGGCCAUGGCCGCUCGGGACUGGUUCUCGCGGAUGCCAUACCGGGACGUUAACUCCUGGGCCGCAAUGCUCCAGGCAUAUGCCCACAAUGGGCAUAUGGACCACGCUAGGGCAAUGUUUGAAAAACUCCCGCGUGAGUGCCUGGUAUAUGCGAAUAUCAUGAUCCAGGGGUAUGCCCGGUCCGGGCAUAUCGCCCCGGCAAGGGUGAUCUUCGAGACAAUGCCCAGGAAGGAUGCGCAUUCUUGGCAUUCGAUGCUAGCGGCGUGCUUCAUCUGCGAGGGCGCGGCCGCCGCGCGCAAGAUAUUCGAUUCGAUUCCGGAGAGGAGCCUCGUGUCAUGGAAUGCGAUGCUCGGGGGCUAUGGCGGGCAGGGGAUGGGGGACGAAUUCGUGGCGUUCUUCCAAGAGAUGAAUCUCGCCGGGGAGGCGCCGAAUGAUGUGAGCUUCGUGUGCUACCUUGACGGCUGCCUCGAAUCGAAGCUCCUGCGCGAGGCGUGGCUGGGGUUCCUGGCGAUGGUGGGCGAUUUCUUCGUCGCGCCGCUGGUGGAGCACUACCACGCCAUGAUCGAGCUCCUGGUCGUCAAACGGCAGCUCCACAACGCCGAGGCGCUGGUGGAUUGCAUGCCCUACUGCCCGACGCACCGGGCGUGGGAGAUCAUCCUCCGCGGCGCCAAGAAAUUCGGCGACUCGGCGAUGCGCGCGCACGCAACAAGGAAGAUCAAAGACCUCCGCCAGGCGAAGCUGACGUGGAGAUACUACUGA